CUAUGCUUAAUGUUGUUUCACUUUCAAGUCAUUCAAAUCACAUUGCAAUUGUUUCUUUGUGUCCCAUAGGAAAUGUGGAAGAGAAACAACUACUUAGCAAUGAGAACCGAUUUUGAAGAAGAAGCGGCACAAUUGAUUAACUCUGAUCUUAGGGUUGGUGUCUCGGGUUUUGGAGUCUCCCUCCUCCAAUUAAUCGCUUCCAUUGCUGCUAUCUAUUUGUUGAUAUUGGACCGCACAAACUGGAAAACGAACAUUCUUACAUCACUACUCAUUCCAUACAUUUUCUUCAGCCUGCCUUCAUGGAUUUUUGGCGUCUUCAGGGAAGAGUUUGGGAAAUGGAUUGCUCUCAUCGCUGUUGUAUUACGCCUUUUCCUUCCAAGGCACUUCCCUGAUUUUCUGGAGUUGCCUGCAGCUUUGAUUCUUCUUAUUGUUGUAGCUCCUGAUCUCUUUGCAAACAGCUGUAGAAGCAAUGCAGUUGGGGUAGUAAUAUGCCUUAUCAUUGCGUGUUAUUUGCUGCAAGAACACAUUCGGGCAUCGGGUGGUUUUAGAGAUUCCUUUACAAAAGCUCAUGGGUUAUCAAAUACAAUUGGCAUAAUCAUUCUGUUAGUCUAUCCCAUCUGGACACUGGUUCUCUACAUUGUAUAGGCACACAAAGAUAGAUAGAGUACCAAAUUUGGACUUUGUUGAUGUAAGUGAAUGAUACAAUUUGCUGUUGUUUAUCUAGUGGGACAAGACUAUUGCUGUUGUUGAUGAUGAUGAUGUAAAUGAAUGUGUAUAAAUGUGAAAUAGUUUUUGCAUGU